AUGUCUGUUUUCUCCGGGUCGGUUUUAGUUUCGGAUGGUUUUGAAGGCUUAGAAUUUAAGUGGGGUAAAAAGAGACGAGUUGGUGGAAAAAAUAAGGAUGUCCAAUUCUAUGAAUCUUUCACUUACGACGGUGAUGAAUAUUGUCUUCAUGACUGUGUCUUACUUGGCGAUCCACACUCUGGUGAACCCUUUGUUGGCAAGAUCAUCAAAAUUUGGGAACACAGUAAUAAGCGUGCAAAAUUUUCAAAGCAAGUCAAGCUUCUCUGGUUCUUUAAACCUUCUGAGAUUUCGCCAUAUCUUGAACUAGUCCCAGACGUACUUGCAAACGAACUCUUUUUGGCAUCCGGUGAAGGUGUUGGCCUCGCUAAUAUCAACCCAUUGGAAGCAAUUGGUGGAAAAUGCUCAGUUCUAUGCAUUUCGAAGGACAAAAGAAAUCCACAACCCUCGGAUGAAGAAAUCAAGUCAACAGACUUCGUGUUUCUUCGAACAUUUGAUGUUGGAAGUCGCAAAAUUUUAGAUACGAUAGAUGAUAACAUUGCUGGAGUUGACGUUAAAUUUAUCUUUAACAGAGCGGGUUGUGAGAAAGAAGCAACUGCUGUGCAGAAAAUUGAAGCAGAUAUUAAAGAGGAUCGAGAUAGUUUGAAACCAAUUGGUUCUUCAGCUAGUGCUUCAGUUAGGAAUAUUGAAGCAGACAUAAAUGGGAAUCCAGAUAGUUUGAAACCAAAUGGUCCUUCAGCUAGUGCUUCAGUUAGGAAAAUUGAAGAUAACUCGAUUGAAUCUUCAGACUAUGGAGAAAGCAGAUAUGGUUGCAAGGAAGGGAAAGAGAAAUGUCACAAUCAACUAGCUACGAAAAAAUCUCCAGUUGCUGAAGAAAGGUCUAAUAAGGAUUCUGGUGUGCAAGAAGGCACGACCCAUAAUGAACAUGACUCUUGUGAAGCUUCUGGCUCUAAGGGAAAUCAUUGGUUUGGGAAAGCUCAAGAAAAGGAAGUUCAAAAACUAUUUACCAAACAAAAAUCUAUGCCUGCAGAAGUAAGAUAUAGUAACACUUGUGAAGCUUUUGGCUCGAGGAGAAUUCAUUCCAAUUCCAAGACAGAUCAAGUCAAUGGUGUUAAAAAACAGUUGACGAAACAAAAAUCUAUGCCCACUGAAGAAAGAUGUAGUAGAGAGUCCAAUGGAUUGGAUGACAGGCCUCAAAAGAAACAGAAACUAAAUGGUUCUGUUACAGUACCAGAUGGACGAAAUACAAAAAUUCUGCAGAAACUUAGUUCUGAUGGUAAAAAAGAUAUGGGAUCUUUUAAGAGACCUAGAGACAAAGUGACUAGAGAUGAAGUCCUUCCCGAGAAGUCUAGCUUCGUUAAGAAGCAAGAUCUGGGGGUGUCAGUUUUUGAAGGACAAGAUAGAAAAACUACAACGGAGAAAGGUUUAUCGAAGAAACCAAGCUUUGAUGGUAAGCGAUUAAAAUGUGCUGAGGACAAGAGGUUGGCAGAUGAUAAUGAAAGAAAUUAUCAAGUAAUUGAAGUGACCCAAAAGCCGGAUGCUGUUAACAGCAAAUGGUUCCGGCCUCUUCCUUGGGAAGAAAGUAUGAGGGAAGCAGAAACGCAAGAGAGACUGGUUCUCCUUCAAAACUUGGAUCCUACUUAUACAUCUCAUGAAGUACAGGAUGUAGUCUAUUCUGCUUUGAAAGAGCAAUGUACAGCGAGGAUGAUAGAGUGUAUACCAGUCAAUACUCCUCAUAUUGGCCCCUUGUUGCCGCGUUUGCCAAGAUUAAUCCUCCUGGGAAGCCGUCAUCAUUCCCCGGCCAUAUCAAAAUACACAAGCUUCAAAUGCGACGAGAGACGGGAGAUGCCAAGGCUACAGCACAUUGCUCUCAGGGUAACACCAUUGAAUUUGAAUUGGCAAUGGAAUGGUGCUUGCACCAAGCCAGAUCCAAGCAUGCGAUUGAAUCGGUAUUUAAGGUAUUAG